AUGGGGAGGGAAAAUGGCAAGAAACUGUCUAUCUCAUCAAUUGAGACCAUUCACUUUGAUGAACAUCUUCUAAUGGCUCUUCUAACACUUUUGCUCUCACCUUGGACCGUGGCCGUAGCCAUCCCGGUAUGGUUCGCGGUCUAUUAUAUAUACCCAUAUCUAGUAACAUACGGGCAUUUGAGUGGAGUCCCUGGCCCUUUUGUUGCAAAAUUCAGCAAUAUCUGGGUCGGACUAAGUGCCAAACAUGGACAGAAAUAUGCGGCAGUCGACUCGGCGCAUCGCAAGCACGGCAAGGUCGUCCGUAUUGGCUUUAAUCAUGUCUCGAUCGCCGACGAACGGGCACUGAAUGUGGUAUAUGGACACGGAAACGGCUUCCUCAAGGAUCACUACUAUGAAGCAUUUGUGGCGCGGACACCGGGCAUGUUCAAUGUGCGCGACCGCGCAGAACACACCCGCAAGCGGAAGAUCAUAGCACAUGCCUUCUCGCCUAAGUCGGUGGCUGCUUUUGAGCCGUUCAUGGCGGAGAACCUUCAGCGAUGGACAAGCCAGCUGGACCGCAUCGCGGCUCAGGGCGAUGGAAAGCAAUAUGCUCGGUACAAUGCAAUGCCUUGGUUCAGCUACAUCGCCUUCGAUAUAAUUGGAGAUUUGGCAUUUGGUUCCCCGUUCGGCAUGGUGAACAAAGGAAAAGACGAGACUGAGACGCAGCUCGUACCCGGCGGACCCAUCUCGUAUACCCCGGCUGUCGACGUGUUGAACAGACGAGGCGAGAUCUCAUCGACAUUAGGACUUCUACCAGCACUACGUCCAUGGGCUAAGUACCUUCCUGAUCCCUUCUUCACUAAGGGUGUGGCUGCUGUGGAAAACCUGACGGGAAUUGCUGUCGCAGCUGUCGCAUCACGAUUGGAUGCCGUGGAGAAGGGAUUGGUCGACUCUCGCGACGAUAUUCUGUCCCGCUUGCUUCAAGCCAAAGAUUCCAAUGGGCAGCCCAUGGGACCGGAUGAACUGAUAGCAGAAGCAUUGACACAGCUAAUUGCUGGCUCUGACACAAUCUCCAACACAGCCUGUGGCAUCUUCUACUGGAUCCUGCACGGAGAACGCAGCGCCCCGGGAACGAUAAUCCCGCGGCUACAAGACGAGUUAGAUCAGGCGGUGAAUUCCGAAGCAAAGAUUGCCACUUACGCCCAAAUGAAAGACCUACCGUUCCUGCGAAGGUGCAUUGAUGAAGCGAUGCGACUUCAUUCUACCUCGGCCAUUGGCCUCCCACGCUUGGUCGCCGAUCACAGCCCAGGUGUGGAAUUUGACGGAUUUCAUUUUCCACCUGGAACCGUACUUUCAGUCCCAUCAUACACCAUCCAUCAUAUGAAGGAAAUUUGGGGGGAUGACGUGGAAGAAUUCAAGCCCGACCGUUGGUUGGAUUUGACAGCGCGACAGAAAACAGCCUUCAACCCAUUCUCAUACGGGCCACGGGCUUGCGUCGGGCAAAAUGUUGCCAUCAUGGAAUUGCAAUUGAUCAUCGGGACUUUGUUCCAUCGAUAUGAGUUUGCACUGUACCAGCCAAUCAUGGAAUCGCAUGAGGGAUUCUCGAAAAAGCCCAAGGAGUGCUAUGCAGGUAUCAGAUUGAGACAACGGAAUUGA